UUAGUGGCAUGUGCAGUUAUUUCAUGAGAUCGGCUUCUAUUGUUUAGUUGUUAAAUGUAUUAUAACGCCAUUUUGAUAUCAGAAGUUGAAUAUGAAUUUUAUUUAAUACGUUUUCUUUAAAUAAUCUAUAUUUUAAUGUACAUUAAAGAAUUACGAAAGAUUUUAAUUUGAAAAUAGAAACGAUGUUCUGCAUCCAAGAGUCAGAUCACAAAGAUCCGUUCUCAUCGGACCAAGAUCCUCUGGAAGGCCCUUCGGAAUCCAGCGACGAUGAACCGGCCUCCAAACGCCUGAAAACCUAUGAUUCUCCAUCUCUGAACCUCAAAGUGUAUCAGAUACCUGCCUACAACGCUUCAAAGUCACUAUCGAUAUAUCCAACGGCACCGCAGUUACCUAUAUUCGUCAAUAAUCCUUUAAAUCUGGCCAACCCACUGGCUCUGAACACAACGGUUCAGGUCGAUAAUGUAGUCAAGAAUUUACAUAGUCGAUACUCCCUGCCUGCAAAAUUGACCAUCACACCGGUCCCCCAAAGCCCUAAAUGUGAGAACGGUCAAAUCGUGAGGUAUAAGAAGAACGGAGAGGUGGCUAAGAAGAGGGGACCUCCGAAGGGCUACAAGAGGAAACCGAAGGUAGACCUCUCGCAGAGCUUGAACAAUGGGGCGCUACAGGCUCAAAAUGUGAUAUUGACAAGUUUAUUGGCAGCCAACAAUACGACGUUAAGUUUGUCGCUUCCGCCUCCGCCUGUGGAGGAGCCCGUCAGAGUCGUCUCGGAGCCGGUUAAGGUACCUGAAGGAGUCGAACUGGUGGAACUACUCCUGGACCCUCAAGACUGGUUUCCGGACGAGCCCUACAAGAUGGUGUUCAGCAGGAAAAAGAACCCUAAAUGGAAGAACUUUCCUUACAUAUGCGAGUUUUGUUUUAAGGGGUACCGCGUGGCGUCGACCCUGGUGUCGCACUGCGGCUCGCGGCACGGCGCCUGCCCGCGCGCGCUGUGCGUGCCGUGCCCGUGCUGCCCGCACGUGUCCCUCCGCCGGAAGCAGCACAAGAAACAUCUGGAGACGCACCACGGAAGGAAGCAUAGGAUAUUUUGCAUGUACUGCCUCCCGCCAGCGGAUCCCGGCGAGCCUCACGUCAAGGAGAACACGAAGUAUCCAUUCGACACCCACCCUCAAUACUGGUACGCCUCCGAGGAGUCGUUGAGGCUGCACAAGAAGCGGAAACAUCCGUACGCGGCGAUGUUCAACUACAACUGGUACUGUACGUGGGGCGAGAACGCGCCGAACAGCUAAUAGGAAGGACAGCUUUAAUUGCACUGGCAACAUUGUGAUGUACGGUAGGAUUUUUAGUUUUUAAGCUGGCAACAUUUUAGUGGAAUUUUUCGAGGCUGGCAAUUUUUUUGUUUUUUUUUUUGUAAGGCCUAUCAGUAUUGCUCGCUGAAGUCUAUUGAGGCUUGUAAACGUUGUUAAGAAGAUACAGUGUUUGUCAAAGUUAAGUAUAAAUUGACACGACCGGCAACAUUAUAAUAUGUAUUAUUAAAACAUGACCAAUGCUGCCAACACAAAAAAAUAAUUAGGCCAGUAAGUUUUUUUUUUUUUUUAAAUUUAAAGUAACAAAUCAAAUUAGUAUUAUUUUAUUUUAGAGACGCAUCAUUUUAUACGUUUUUUUUUUGUACAUAAAAUAUACUUUUGAAUUAUUAGUUUUUAUUAAAUCAAUGGCAUCUGAAUUUUGUAAUGAAAUCAAAGAAUAACCCUUUCUCGUUUGAGAUAGUUUUUAUAA